GUCAUACUCACAAUUCAGUCACGCUAAGCUCCAAGUAUCUGCUAGAUGUUUUUAUUUCCAUUAGGAUUUGAGUUUUUCUUCAGUCUAAAGUCAGCAAUCUAGUGAACUGGGAAAACUCCAGCAAUAUUCAAAUCUAAUUCAAAUAUUUAAUCAUGGCUUUGAUUCAAAUGAAAACUGUUGAAGAAGAGAAGCAAAAGAAUCCAGAGUUGAAAGAUUCUGAUAUCCAAAUGCUAAGGGAAUGGUGUCAAAAGCAGCCUCAUUUGCCAAAGAUUACAGAUAGUGAAUUGGUUCUAUUUCUUCAUAGUAACUAUUAUCGUCUUGAACCAACUAAAACGACUAUUGAUACCUUCUAUACAUGCAGAACUCAUGUGACAGAGUUUUUUGCUAACAGAGAUCCUCUGGGAAACAAAGAUCUUCGUCGAAUGUUCAAAACAGCUGCUUAUAUGCCAUUGAAAGGUGAAACACCAGAAGGGUACAAAAUUAUAUUUGCCCGAUUAAUUGACUAUGAACCUUCAGCAUAUGUUUAUAAUGAUGCAAUCAAAUACUGGAACAUGGCGAUGGAUCUUUGGAUGUAUACUGAAGGAACCAUGCAGGGUCAUAUUAUUGUUGUCGAUUUAGCUGGUCUAUCUUUCGGUCACACAACUCGACUUAGUCCGAUGGGAUUGAAAAAAUUCUUGUUCUACCUUCAAGAUGGUCUACCAGUGCGUCUAAAAGGCAUGCAUUUUACCAACUCAAUUCCGGUUAUGGAAAUUAUACUGAAUAUGAUGAAGCCAUUUAUGAAAAAGGAACUCAUGGAUAUCUUAUUUGUACACUCAACAUUGGAAACUGUUGCAAAACAUUUUCCAAUUGAUUUGUUACCCAACGAAUCAGGUGGUAAGGGUGGAUCAUUGAUGGAACUACAUGAAGCACAUCUUAAACGAUUAGAAUCAUAUCGUGCUUGGUUUCUUGAGGAAGAGGCUAAUCAGCGCGUUAAUGAAUCUCUUCGACCUGGAAAGGCAAAGAAUAUAACCGAUCUCUUUGGCAUUGAAGGUAGUUUUAAGAAAAUCGACAUUGAUUGAUCAAUAAGAAUAAUUUUUAAAUAAUUAUCUUUGAAUGAUUAUCAUAGACAUAGACGUAGGUAAACUAGUGGGAUGGCUUAUUACAUAGUUUAAGAAUAUUUUGAUUUAUAAUAAACGAUUAAUAUUGAUAUAUCCUGCUACCACUUUUCCACCUGUGUCAUGAUCGUAUUUAAAUGAAUCAUCUCUUACGUAAAUUUCCAACAAUAAUCAUGGCCACUUAUAGCUUUUAAGUAUCAUCAUGCAGAUGUUAAAGGUGCGUUCACGCCGUAUAUUUUAUUAAAAAUAAUAUGGAAAUUAAUUAAUUAAAUAUUGAUAUUUUUACGUUGUAUACCUAAUAAAGGGAU